AUGCCAGUACACCCGCAGCAGCAGCAACAGCAGCAGCCGUACCGCCUGAAGAUAGCCCGGCCGCUUUGCUGGUGCACGAGAUGUGCUGGAGACAAGGGUGCCCAUUCAUCACUGUCAUCUUCCCCUAGUAAUCCAAACGUUAUGGGGAUUGUUGCUUUCAGGUUUUUAGGAAAGGUCGAGGGAGCGUCAAGCACGGUUACAGACGCCGUCUCGGACACUUUUGGAGUUCCGAGGUUUUUCUGGGACCGUUGUGGAUGGGAUGCGAACGGAUUCUUCAAGCCGUAUAAGAAGUUGGCGACAGGCAGAGAUGGCAAGUGUGAUUCUGCCGAGAACAACGCCCAGCAAGACAGCGAUAAGGGCUAUAGUUACAAUUGGCAGUACCUAGGAUUCGCAACUUUGGCCUCCAAUAUUGGCCAAGGAAACGAUGCAGCGAAAAUCUGCCAGCAGCUUCUCUGCUUUGAUCUUUCCAACGAGAUUAGGGAACGGAUCCAGAUAGCCUUUGAGAACUCGGACGUGUCGAACUGGAUUGGCUGCCCUCACGGCUUCUACGCAGUCCUAUUCUCGGUCAUUGCCCAGUAUUUCGACCAGGCCCUUUGGGGGUUUCGAAAGCCACUCCGUGAGCUGGAGAAGGAAGAGCUUGUGACGAGCAGAUACCUGGGCAUGCACGAAAUAUCCAGGCACGUCCUCCACGAGAUUGAGACGCUGGAAAUCUCGGCACGCACAAUGAGGGCUAUAGAUGAUUGUCACUCCAAGAACUGCAGAUGGGAGGCCGGUGACAAAAACGACCCUGAACUGCAUCUCAAAGAGGCCAGGUAUUCGUUUUGCUCAUCUGAGAUAUCCUUUUAUCCGCAAUUCCUCGAGAACCUGGGGCUCCGUGCACACACAUUCGAGGACAGGCUAAAGACAGAGAUCCGAUUGGCGUUUCAUCUCGCUGGCGCAGAUGAUAACAAGACAACCAAGCAGCUCCUGGAUAAGAACAAGGAGAUUGCCCAAAGCAGCCGAAACGAUGGUCGUGAGUUGACCAGGCUAGUCUCAACCGCGACGCUACUGUUCCUGCCUGGCUCUUUUUGCUCGGACUUUUUGUUCAUCUGCAGAGCGUUUUCGGGAUGA